CUCACAGCCGCAUAGAUAACAGUGACACGCGCGGAGUUACUUAAGUCGGUAACGUAUUCUAGUAGAAAAAGUGGGGAUCUCUCUUUCCCAAAUCUUCGUCGCUAAGCUUUGUGCUUUGGCUGUUUAUCCUUAUAACCACCACAAGGAAUGUUGAGGACGGCUUCAUCAGUUUCGGUUCUCCUUCUCACAUUCGCAAUCGCAAUGGCCGACUCUUCUGCUCCCCUCAAUCCCGCCUCUUCUGCUUCGGAAUCGGCCGUCCACAUCGUAUACACCGAGAAGCCGCAGCAGAAUGAGGAGCCUGAGGCCUAUCACAUCCGAACCCUCGCCUCCGUCCUCGUGAGGAGGCUGCCAAGGACGCUCUGGUUUACAGUUACAAGACUGCUGCCAGUGGAUUCUCUGCCAAGCUCACUCCUCAACAGGUCGCCGAAAUCUCCAGUAAGCCCUUCUCUCUCUUUGCCCCUUUAUCUUUGUUAUUCUGAUUAUGAUUGUCGUGAUUUCUUUUUUAACAUGAACAAAAUCCAGAGCAUAAUCACCAAAACAAAGCAGCUAUGAACAUAAAAGUUGAUACGGUGUUAGUUAUAUGAAGCAUGUAAUAGUUGGAAUAUUCAUUUAACCCCAUAAGAUCCAGAUCAAUCUAGUGCCCAGGAAGAUCAAUUAAUCUAACCAAAUUCUGCAUGAACCAAAUCCCCUAUUGCUUUCGCUGGCUAGAAUCAAAGGUGAGAUGUAGCAGAAUCGCUGAGAGAGGUUUACAAGAACGAUUUUUCUGAGUGGAGGGAGAGGAAGUAUGAGAGAAGUAAAUGUGAUGUUUUUGAGCAGAGAGAGGGAGAAAGUAUGAGAGGAAGAGGUGUUAUCUUGAGACACCACAAUAGAGUACUCUUGAUAACACCAGCUAGGGAGGCUGAAAACCAAAAAUGGUGCUACAUGGUACCAUUUUAUAUUUGUACUGAUUGAUUCCAAUCGCAGCCCCUUAACUGACAGCCUACUUAGUCCAGUCAAACAAACAUGCACUCUGAGUUUCUGUAUGGUAUUGGUAUAGCUGAAAAUGUUAUUAAAUAAGACUCAAACCUGAUCAGGAAGAACCGUCGACUGAUUGAUUGCCAAUACUUUCGAUGACAAUUCUUCUGGUUUUUCUAGCAGCUGUUAUCUGUAUAAUGUCAUUAACUUUUCUGAUCCCUUAGACUUUGAGCACUAUGCAGACACAAGGGAUUAUAUGAUGAUGCUUCUUUUAAACUUGAUUUCUAGAUGCAAAAGGCGCUAUCACAGCUUGCAUUUGCUUUGUUUUGGUUGGACUUUUGAACUCUGUACCAGACCUGUUUAAACAAGUAUGGUAUUAACUAUCAGCCAUCCUCAGAAUGCUUAGACUUGUUCCUUUAACACACCACUGGGUCACUAUCCUACUUCAGCUUUCAAACUAUGUGCCUAUGCAAUUCAUAAACGUCAAGUGUGGAAUACC